UAACCAAGAUCCUACCAUGGAUAAGCACAAGGACAGCCAACCAUUCGGUGGUUGAAGCCAUGAACACCACCACCAUCCUCCACAGUCCGUCGUCAAAACCACCAUCAUCAUGGGUCCCCAUCUCCUCAAGACCUUCAAACACCACAAGACUGGCUCAAAAACUCCGAAAAAACGGUUUCUGUGGACGAUCUAUCAGAAUCAUCCCCAUUAGCUGCGCCAGUGGCAGUACAAGUAACACUGAUGGCAGCAGCGAUGCUCCACAGCCAGUUCCUCCAGCAAUAAAACCACCACCAGACGCCGUGGGGAUACGGUUUCGCAGACGCUCAAGAAGACAGAAACAGAAAAUGGAAGAUGGCGUAACGGAUAAACAACGUCCCUUAAAGAUGCAAGCUCCGGCUAGUACGACGUCGGUUAAGAAGUGGGAUGACAUGAACCUCAGUGAGAAGGCAAUGGAACUCUACAUGGGAGAGAAGGGUAUGCUUUUCUGGCUCAACAAGUUUGCUUACGCCUCCAUUUUUAUCAUGAUUGGAGCUUGGAUACUUUUCCGGUUUGUCGGGCCGGCGAUUAAUCUUUACCAGUUGGAUUCUUCUCCUCUCUCCCCUUCCUCCGUGUUCAAGGGGUCCUGAUAUUCAUCAGCUCCCCACUGUUCAAUAAAUACCAGCUGCAAAUUCAACUAUA